CAGAUUUGACGGCUCCCGCCUUUGCACUGACUCAGAUGGCGAAGACCGACCAGAUGGCUCGCGCUUUUCUAACGCGGCGGUCCGCUUCGAUCGCUUUCGUAGUCGGCCGGUAGGACGUCUUGCCAUGCCAAUUUCCGAGCUGAUCUCGACGAAUAUGGCCGCUAUCGGACGAGGACGAUGAGUUGCGUGGCAGUGUGCCUGCGCGUCUCCAUUACAUAUAUGUUCAAGCCAUCGCCAUGUCCAUUUGGAGCCCCUUGUAAUGCGCCCAAGAUGAAAGCCAUGGACCCCAACGCACAGAAAGCCCCAUCUGCUGAGCAGAUCACGCUGCCAGUACUUCGCAAUGCCAUCCCAGCGGAAUUCUUCAUACCGUCUCCUUUAUUUUCGGGAUGCUACAUCGUGCGCGACCUUUUGAUGGCAGGCGGUCUGGCUGGUCUGGCGUUCACCGUGAUUCCGACGUUGGACAGCGCGAUACUCCGCUGGUCAGCGUGGAUCGCAUAUGGUUACCUCCAAGGCCUGAUAUUCACCGGGAUCUGGAUUCUGGCGCACGAAUGCGGACACCAAGCCCUGUUCCGUUGCAAAGGCACGAAUGAUACUUUGGGAUUCAUACUACACAGCUUGGUGCUGGUACCAUACUUCUCAUGGAAAUACACGCAUGCCCGGCAUCACAUGUACACCAACCACAUGGAGCGCGACACAGCCUUCGUCCCGCGAAGGUCGGGUGAACCAAACUUCGCGAGCAGAAUUUGGGAAGUGGAUCAUGAGAAUGAUGUGCCCAUUCUCACGCUUGCCAUUGCGAUGCAUCAGCUCAUCGGCUGGCCGAUGUAUUUGUUCUUUUAUUCGACCGGGGGACCUCUCAGUGCAGCAGACCGCGGUCCGAUAGGAAAGGCUUUGCACAGCCAUUUCGAUCCGACAAGUCGCCUGUUCACCAAAUCAGAGCAGCCAUUUGUCUUGCUCUCUGCACUCGGUGUCGCUGGUGUUCUUAUAGCGCUCUGCACCGUUUCUACGAGUAUUGGCGCCGCCAAUGUCUUGCUUCUCUAUGGUGUCCCAUACUUAUGGGUGAACAAUUGGCUCGUCGCAAUAACGUAUCUGCACCACACCCACACGGAUGUGCACCAUUAUGAAGCUUCGACUUGGACCUAUCUGAAGGGUGCCUUGGGCACGGUGGACCGGCCUUUCGGGUUUAUCGGAGAGCAUUUGUUCCAUGGCAUCAUUGACUAUCAUGUCAUACACCAUUUGUUUCCGCGCAUCCCAUUUUACUACGCCAAAGAAGCGACUGCCGCGAUUCAACCGAUCCUGGGAAAGAGAUACAUAAGAGAUGAGACGCCGUUCUGGCGAGCGCUUUGGCAAACCUUCAGAUCGUGCACCACCGUCAAGAGUAGCGAGAAUGAUUCGAAGGUGCUUGAAUGGAGUGUCUCGCGGAAACAUGGCAUUGCGCCGGCUCUGAAGCAGAAGUAGUCCGGUUUGAAGGGCUAUGGACUACCCUUAGCGAGCGAGGACCGGGAUAUGUUGCUAUUGUAGUACAGGAUAGACAUAAUAGAUUUGCUUGUUAUUCUUCACUCGUU